UUCACUAAUGGCUAAGUUUGAAUCAGUGCCAUUUGCUGUUGCAUCAAAUCUUAUUCACAGGUUAGCUUCCCCAGAUUUUCUUGAACUUGGACAGGAGUAUGGUGUGAUGGAAGAGUUGGAAGCGCUUAAGAAGACAAUUGGAUCUAUCAAUGAUGUGCUGCUUGACGCUGACCACAAACAAGAACAAGUUCGUGUGCGUAAUUGGAUAUCUGACUUCAAAGAAGUACUUUAUACUGCAGAUAACUUCUUAGAUCACCUAGCUAUCGAAUUUACGAGAGAAAAACUGGAUGCAGCAGAAGGAAAAGAGGUAAAACAGGUACUUCGUUCCAUUUCAUCUUCAAAUCAAAUUCCUUUAUACAGUGAAAUGCCUGACAAAAUUAAAGAAAUACGAGAAAGUUUUAACGAUGCAGUAAAAGAAAUGAAGGAUUUGAAUUUAAGUCCAAGAUCAAAAGUGGUUAAGCAAACUAAUAGUGAAUGGAGGGAAACAUGUUCUUUUGUGUUAGAGUCAGAUAUCAUUGGAAGAGAUGACAGUAAAAAGGAGAUUAUUAGUCUGUUGAGACAACCACAUGAAAAGCAAAAAGUUUCUGUGAUUGCGAUUAUUGGCAUUGGUGGUUUAGGGAAGACAGCGCUUGCUCAGUUGGUGUAUAAUAACUUGGAGGUGCAGAAUUCUUUUGAAAAGCGAAUCUGGGUCUGUGUGUCCGAUAACUUUGAAGUGAAAACUAUUAUGAAGAAAAUAUUACAAUCAGUUACUCGUUGCCAGAUAGCAGACGGGUCGUCACUAGACUACUUGCAAGAAGAACUUCGUGAAAAUUUAAGUCAUAAGAAAUAUUUGUUGGUCCUGGAUGACAUUUGGAAUGAGAAUCGUAACAAAUGGGCUGAAUUGAGAAAGUACUUGAUGUGUGGCUCUCAAGAUAGCAAGAUUUUAGUGACAACUAGAAAUGAAAACGUAGCAAAUGCAAUGGCAGCUAGCACUUUCUAUCAUUUGAAAGGUUUGACUGACUUAGAAUCUUGGAGUUUGUUGAAAAACAUUGCAUUUGAAGAUGAUUGCAAGGGAGUGAAUCAAAAUCUAGAAUCAAUGGGGAAAGAAAUAGCCAAAAAGUGUAAAGGGGUUCCACUAGCAGUUAAAACGCUGGGAGGCCUGUUACGAGGACAAAAUGAAGAAAGUGAAUGGGAGAAUGUUUUACGUGGUGACUUGUGGAAAUUAUGCGAAGAGCAAGACAGUAUCAUGCCAAUUCUAAAGCUCAGUUACCAAAACUUGUCGCCAGAAAUGAGACAAUGUUUUGCUUAUUGCUCUUUAUAUCCCAAGGAUUCAGAAAUUCCAAAAGAUGAGUUGAUUCAGUUGUGGAUGGCACAGGGUUACCUUAAAUGUUCAACUGAAAAACAGCACAUGUACAUGGAAGAUAUCGGUAACCAAUUUGUAAAAUUUUUUUUGAUGAACUCAUUUUUUCAAGAUUCAAAGAGUGAUAAAUAUGGUGAGAUCAUUAGUCUCAAAAUGCAUGAUUUAAUGCAUGACCUUGCAAUGCUUGUUGCUGGCAAUGAUUGCUGUUACUUGGAUAGCAAGGCAGAAAAAAUUGAGGGUAGUCCCAUACACGUAUCAUUGGAAUUUGCUGAGGCCGUUCAUUUGUUGAAAUCAUUAGAUCCGAGCAGGCUGCGAACUUUAAUUUUGCCAUAUGACUUCGAAGAGGAGGAAUAUUUGUCAGUUAUUGCAAAGUUCAAAUACUUGCGCGUAUUGAGGAUGCAUCAUCUCACUGAUCCCACUGAAGAUUUGAAGCAUUUAAGAUACCUUGUUUUAACCCAACAAACAAGUCUUCCCAAAUUUAUGAACAAUCUUGUUUUCCUACAAACGUUCAAAUUGAGGAAUUGCGGUGAAGAAUCCUUUUCUGAAGUGAUCACAAAAUUAGUCAAUAUGAGAUGGCUUGAGGUUGGUGAUUAUGACUUCUUGAGUCGGAUGGCAGUGGGGUGGGGAAAAUUAUCCUGGUUGCAAUUCUUACCCGUCUUUGUGGUGGGAGGUAGCCAAGAAGGCACACUAAAUGAAUUGAAAGACUUGAACCUAAGGGGAGAGUUAGAAAUUAAGCGGCUCGAUCGUGUAAGAGAUGUGGCUCUGGAAUCACAAGAUGUAAAUUUAAAAGGAAAAAGAUUCCUCCAAUCCUUGACUCUGACUUGGUCGCAUGGAGACAUACGUAACAGUGACAGCUUGCAAUUGUUAGAAAACCUUCAGCCCCAUCAUAAUCUUAAGCGAUUGAAGGUGCAUUGUUAUCCAGGCAUGCGUUUCCCAGAUUGGCUUACUCUCCUCAUAAAUGUUGUUGACAUCUCUCUCUUCAUGUUUCGUAAUUGUCGCUCUCUCCCACCGUUGGAACGUCUUCCCUCCCUGAAGUCACUUGAGAUAACUAAUCUUGAUGAAUUGGAAUACAUAUAUCUUCAUGAAGAUGGUUUUGCAGUGACCUUCUGCCCCUCUCUAGAGAGCCUCACAUUACGUUGUUGUUUUAAGCUCAAGGGAUGGCGAAGGCUGGGAGAUGAUAUCAAUGAUUCUAAAAAUUCACAACAUCUCUCCUUACGUCUUUCGUUUCCUCAUCUUUCUCAAUUACACGUCUCGUACUGUCCAAAGUUGACUUGCAUGCCUACUUUUCCAAAAGUUAAGGUUUUGGAUUUUUGUGAAUGCACUGCGGAGCCAUUAGUAGCAACACUAAACACAACAGCUUCAACAUGUUCAGCUGACUCAUCUUCUUCCUCCGCUGCUCCUCUUUCCAUGCUCAAAGAAUUGGACAUAACUGAUACUACGAAUUUACCAAAGGGUUGGAUGCAAAAUCUGACUUCUCUCGAGUCUCUUCGAAUUGUAUGGUGUAGAAGUGAAACACUCGAGGAAUUUGAAACUGGAUUCAAGGAAGACACCAACUGCCUUCCUUCUCUGCAAAAGAUUUCAUUAUGUUAUUGUAAAAACCUAAAGGCUUUGCCAGAUUGGAUUUGCAACCUCUCAUCCCUUCAAGAGAUCACAAUUGCACUCUGCCCAAAAUUGGCGUCGCUGCCCGAAGGAAUGAGUCGUCUUACCAACUUAAAGAUCUUUAAGGUUGCGAGGUGUUCCCUCUUAGUUGAAGAAUGCCGAACAGAGACAAGUCCUAUAAGUCGCCAAAUCGCACACAUCCCACAAAUUAUCCUUAGUGAUUAG